GAUCAAACUGUGCCACAAAGAAGGGCAGAAGGCUGUUUAAUUCCUUGGCAUACAUUACUUCUUUCAAAAUAUGUUCCCAUUCUGGCCAGUAGAGAUUUUUCUGAAGUAACAUGUGGGAGAAGCAUGGAGAAUUUCUCAUACCCAUUACUGACGUGAUCCGAUCUGGUUGUCAGACCUAUAGCAAUACUUAAAGCACCACUGUGUCAUGAUCUACCAGCUCCUACAGGACAACUCAUCUUCUUUCAUAAACCAGAACACCAUCUGAUGGUACCACCUCUUUUCCAGGAUGAUUCCUGAAUUCACUCUGGAUUAAUCCAUCUGCCAGGCUAUCGUUUUCUUACUCUCACCGGAAGUUGCCGGAAACAAGCAGCAGUUUAACAACUGACAGGGCCAGUGAUGGCAGAAACCAAGCCAGGAGGAACAGGAGCUGCAGGACUCUUUGCAAAACGUGUCCAAAAACAACUGAGCAGAGCGCAAGGAAAGGUUCUUCAAAAACUUGGCAAAACUGUGGAGACCAAAGACGAACAGUUUGAGCAGUCCCUUAAUGACUUCUACAAGCAACAGAAUGAAGGACUCAAACUUUGUAAGGAUUUAAAGUUUUUUCUUCAUGCUGUGAAAGAAAUGCACAAUGGCUCAAAGCGACUGUCACAAACAUUGCAAGAAAUUUACUCACAGGACUGGGAUGGACAUGAUGAUCUCAGUUCAAUAGUAGAGAACAAUGAUCUUCUUUGGAUGGACUAUGAGCAGAAACUCACAGACCAGGUUAUGAGGAUCAUGGAGACAUAUACAAGCCAGUUCCCAGACACCAAGGAAAGAAUCGCUAAACGAGGACGAAAGCUUGUAGAUUAUGACUGUGCCCGACAUCAUUUAGAAGCUCUUCAGAAUGCAAAGAAGAAAGAUGAUGCAAAGAUUGUAAAGGCAGAAGAAGAAUUUACUAAAGCACAAACUGUUUUUGAAGAAAUUAACAAAGAGCUCAGAGAUGACCUACCAACACUCUAUAACAGUCGCAUUGGCUGCUACGUGACCAUUUUUCAGAACAUUUCCAACUUAAGAGAUACUUUCUACAAAGAAAUGAGUAAGCUGAACAAUGACCUGUAUAAUAUGAUGACAAAACUGGAAAAGCAACACUCAAACAAAGUCUUUAUUGUGAAGGGUGUAUCAAGUAACAGGCGUUCGUUAGUGAUCUCUUCACCCUUGAGGCCUGAUGAAAUAGCAACACCAUCGGAAGACAGCCUAGAUGAGACUUCAUCAGCCAGUGAGAAAGAUUCUCUUUCUACUGUGUCUGAAGCAGAGAUCAGUCAUCCUACCAUACCAGAACCUGUUGCAGAGACAACUGUUCCUGCUGAACUUGAGACGCAAUCCACAACCUCUUCUUCUACAGCUGUAUCAGCAUCUGAUAACACAGAGUCAAUAUCUAAUGAUAAAGAUCAUGGAAAUAAAGUUGUUGCUGACUCCUCUGAAGAAACUUCUCUGUCAUCAGAUGAUACUAAUGAGAAACAUGCAAAAGACAGUCCCAAGGUAACAAAGCCAAGCAUGUCAGAGAAUAUUCUGACACAUCAAGAACCACAGGUUUUGUUAGAACAUGCUGUAUCUUCUAAUGAGUCACUGGAAGUUUCUCAUGAAAUAAACACAGAUAAUUCAAGAGGUAAAAAAUGUGACAGUCCACAGUCACAAGCACAUACAGAAACUGUAUCUGAUAUUCAAGAAAUAGAUGUAGAUGCUUCUUCAGAGGAAAAAGUGAGGUCAACAGAAAAAGAACAAACUCCGCCAUCUAAAGAUGAUCCCUGUCAAGGAUCUCCAUUAUUAGAUAAAAGUUCUGGUUGUUCUGAGAACCACUUGUCUUCUGCCACGGGCUCUGGCACGGCUACAGAAGGAUCAGUAUCUCUGCCGCAUAUGACAGAAGAGGAGCAAACUAAGAAAGCUGAAGAUUCUGGAAAUUCAUCUCUGGCAAAUGUCAGUACACACUGCUGCUCAGAAAAUGGUGGAAAGCAAGAUGUCCAUACGGAGGCCCCUCAAACUAUCAGUGAAGUCCAGAGUGGCCUUUCUAGUACUGAUGCAUCAAACAGUUCCAGAUUGGUGAAUGAUGACCAGCCAGCAUUAUCACAGACAGAUUUGGUUGCUGCUCCACCAGAAAGCUGUUCUGAUGGUAAUGACAAAACUGCCAAAGAAGAUGAGAAGGAGAUACUGCCCCCUGGCUUCCUGUACAAGGUGAAGGCAAUUAAGGCACAUACUACUGAAAUGAAGGCCUCCCUGCAGUUUGGUGAAGGAGAUAUUAUAUUAGUUAUUGCAGAGGAAGAAAUUCAGGUACCUGGGACCUUGACAGGCAUCAGAGAUCAGGACUGGAAACAACACCACAGUCUUACAGAUCUUAAAGGAACAUUUUCACAAGAAUUUACAAAACAGAUCUAUCCAGAAUAGCAGAAAAUAUGAGACUUCUUCAAACGACCUUUGACUCAUAUCAUAUUUUAGAGUGAUGCAGUUGAGUGGUGCUUCAGUUUCCCCUAAUAAUUUGCCUUAGUGCCUUCUUUGUAAAUGUAACCAUCUUUUUGGCCAUAUGUACCUCUUCAUUUAAUACUGUGAGUUUACAACUAAUUUUGCAAUCUCUUUUAAUUGUCUAUAAUAACUUUACCAAUAUGUGUAGUGGGACCAAGCACAGUUUUCAAAAUGAAAAUCGGAACCAUCCCCCACUAUAGUCCUGCUGAUCUUAUAUGGCAUUACAGAAUUCUGCAGUAUUACUAAAGGACAUUUGUUCUAUUUGUGUGUUUGUUUUAGUAUAACAUGAAUGCAUUGUGAAAAUUUGUGUAAGCUUGAAAAUAAAAAAAUAAUUCCA